AUGCAUCUGCCUUACCCAGCAAUUCAGUCUCCUUCGAAUCAUGGACAGAGUUUGACACCUGCUCGUUUUAGGUCAACAUGGAGCUUGAACAAGAAGACGGCUUCUUCCGAUCGAUCCAUCUCCCGCUACCAAGUUUCCCUCCAAUAUCUAGAUACCAGGGCCGACAAUCUCGAUACUAAUAACCAUGCUGAGGAACCUCUCCUGUCAUUUGAAGUUGUUGGUAAAAAUCCCAUAUUGGUUUGCAGUGGAGACGGAGAAGGAAAGAGGAUUUAUAGAAAGGCGGAGAAAGGAGUGCUGAAAGCAGGCGAUCGCAUUUCAUUAUCAAUAAAAAACCCUAAUUUCUUCUUUGUUAGGAGGAGGGAAGGAAGAAAGGGUGAGGUGGAGAGCAGUGUAUUGGAUGCAUUGGCGAGGCGAGAGAGAAGGACGCAGCUGCGGAGGAAGGAGGAAGAGGAAAGGGAGAAGUUGGAGGAAGUCGGAGGGAAAAAUGAGAUGGUUUGGGAAGAUUCAGGCUUAGAGAUUGGUUCUUUGGAUAUCUCAAAGAUUGAUCCAGUGAAAGAGUUUGGAUUCUUGGUGAGGGGUCAUGAGUUUGAUCACUAUCCGAGGCGCAAAAUUCGCCCUUUCACGCGGUGGAGUUGGUUUCUUGAGGACCCUCGGUGUGUGACCGAUGAAGACGAUGAUGAGGAUGCUUUAAGAACCAGUUUGAAGGUUAAGCAUCGGAAAAAAAAGAAAGGAGGUGAUGAAAAUGAUGAAGACUGGGCUGAAGAGAAUGAGGAUUUGAGCAUUUUUGCUGCAAAACAUGGAAGUUCUAAGAGGCCAAGCUACUCUACUAGAUCAAAAGAACCAAAGAAACCACACACUAAUAUUCGGGAUGGUAACAAGUCUCUGAAGAAAGGAUUCAAAGAUGAACAGGAAGAACUUGUUAAUGAAGAUGAUGAAACUCUAGGAGGUUUUAUUGUUAGUGAUGAUGAUAUAGAAGACGAAGAAGAAGGAGAAGUGUUAGGAGAAGAAACGGAGGAAGAGGAAGAAAUUAAUGAUGAGGAACCAGAUUUUGACUAACUAAUGCGGUGAUUUUUGUCUAGCAGUGCCGAGUAAGUCGUAUUUUAUAAAUAUUUUGCACCUAGUAUUUUGAUCUUUUGCACAACGUUAUCAAAACUCAAAGUGCAAAUCGAUGCACAAGUUUUUAUUUUUGCUUCAAAGCGCAAAGCACAAAGCAAAGCAGCGCUUUUGUA